AUGAGCUCACGCCAGUCUCCAACAAGGGCAGGCUAUCGCAGGAAUGGCCUGAAGGCUUCCUGUGAAACUUGCCGCAAGCGGAAGACGAAAUGUGACCACAAGCGGCCGGUCUGCACAUACUGCGACACCCACCAACUGCAAUGCUUCUAUCAUCCAGCGCCCAUGUCCAAGCCGAGAUCAAAGCCGGGUACGGCAUCGAAUUCACCACUGUCACAGCAUACUGUGCCUUCACAAAAGACACCCCCAGCAAUAUCACCACACAACCGCUCAACCCCAAACCAGGACAAUGCGUCCAGCAUCCUCCAGAUCCUGUCGUCUGCUGAAUCUGGCGUACCCAUACCCAAAACCUUCGUCUCACAACUUCACGAACAGAGGACAGAGGCACGUAAUCUGGACAGUAUCAAAGAGAUUCUAGCAUCACUACGAUUUCUACCUCGCAUUGCGGGAUGUGUCAAGUCCUUCGUCAGUCUAGCCUCCUUCAGCCACGUUCCGCGAUACGUUGUCGAGGAGCUCCUCGCUAAGCUGCCACUGAGAGUAAAUCAGGGCAAUAUAGAAUGCUCUGGGGGUAUCGAAAAGCUUGCUGCCAGAGUCUUGGCCAGCUCAAGCUCUGCCGUCCGUGUUCCAAUUGACGCGGACAUGCACACAUUCUGUGACCUCUUCACAGGCCCAAAUCUGCGUAUAGAAACCAUUGGCUUAGUCCUAACGCAUACGGCGAUGUCCCUUUUAUUUCACAGAAAUACCAAACAGAUACCUGACCCAGAACUUGUGUCGGAGAUGCUAUACUGUGGUAGACUGAGUCUGGAGCUGGCGCGAACACUGGCACCAGAGCCGAACGACGUGCUUUUAUGGCUGAGCUUCUCCAACAUGUGCUUGAUAGACUUUUUGGAAGGUGCUACAAGUGUAAAUGUAUGGCGUCGGAUGUGUGACCUUUCCGUUGACAUGUUGGCGCUCAAUAUCCACAGGGAAUCGAGCCACUCGGCUGAUAAACUGCCAUUUUAUCUUUCUGAAAUCCGAAAGAGAAUAUUUGCCACGACCAACCACUUCGACAAGAUGCGAGCUGUCGAGAUGAACCGCCAGCCUUGUAUACGACUGCAAUACGCCGACUGCGCGCCGCCUUUGGAUAUCCCAGAAAAGGACCUCUUCUCUCCGACUAUACUUGCUGACAAGAACAAAAUACUUACAGAGAUUGGUUGGAACCGUAACAGUACUCUAAGCGUCAUGUCGGCUUCUCGCGUGCGUUAUAUGGUUGCCCAUUUUGAAGAGGAAUUAAUAGACACAAAAAUAUCGACCGAUCCAGACCGUGAUACAAGGCUAAGACAAUUGUCAACAAGACUAAGCGCUGCAUGGGACGAGCUCCCGCAAUAUGUCAAGUACACGGACGACUGCUGGACAUCGAUUGAUGUCUGGAAUUGUCUUGUACUGGCAACCCUCUAUCUCGACUACAACAAUAUUCAAUUCAAUCUCUUAUCGUCCCUCAAAUCCAGUACAUACAUACCGAUGGAACUGGUCACCAUCUCAUGGCAAAUGCUGGAGCUCAUCCUCCGCAUUAGCAAAGAGCAAAACAGUGGGCGUUUAUCUACAGAGGAUCUGCCAACCAUGCUGUUAUCCCAUGGCGUUCCUAGCGCCGCUCUAUUACUCAAUGCACUGCAAGACGUCAAUGAAGGAUCUUCUCGAGUCCAAUUACCAGCUGAAGUCCAACGGGCGGCCGUGAUUAAAAAGGUUUCGGUUCUAAUCUCACAGCUUGACAUAGCCGCCACGAAAACUGAGUCCAAUCACUUCAUCUGUGAGCGUGCAGCAAAAUUUAUAUCCGAUUGUCUGGAUGCUGUACUAGAUCCGCCUUCAGCUCCCACAGGCCCUCUCAACACCGAUUCGAAUAUCCCCGAUGGUACAUUGGCCGACGCGCCGCUUUCUUCCCAAGAUGGCUGGUUCGAUAUCCCUAGUGACUUGCUUGCAGGUUACCCAUCGCUAGUCGAACAAGGAUGGCCAAACUGGGCUGGACUAAAUAUGGACUAUUACGCUGUGCCAGAGUUACAUGAGCCAUAG